CCAGGCGCCAUGCAAAUUUUACUAGCCACACUGGUACUAGCAGUGACAGUGACUGUGUCCAAUGCUCAAGCAUCAAUAAUACCUAGUUACACCUGGGAAGAGGUGAAGCACAAUCUUGCAACAUCUGAGGACGUCACAGAAAUGGUGGACUGUGCCCUUGGCAUCCGUCCUACUGAACAACUAGGCUGCAGGCCUUUGUUCAAUGAACUAAGAAAUUCUCUGCAUGAACUAGUUCAGCAGAACUGCCGUCGCUGCUCGCGGCAGAUGAGGAUGUUGAUGAAUAAUGCAAUCGUUCAUCUCCAAAGUAAUUACAGAGGAGAAUUCAACAGACUUGUACGUGGUGUAAGAUCAUAAGGAAGAACAGCGUUUUGUGUAAGAUGUGUUUGGAUCAAUAAAAAAUCUUAAUGAUAGUGUAUUACAAAGCACUUGUUUUACAUUAAGUGAUUCAUGAAAUCCAUCAAACAAAAUUUGUGUGUGUAUCCAGAAUAUGAGACUACUCUUGGGUAUACUGACAUAUGAAACAAUGCCUCCCUCAUUUCCAAAAUUCAGGCUGUGUAAACUGCUUAUUUAACUAGGCCCAGUAGAAUCUUGCACAGACUUAUCCAACAGAUAAUAGUGUCAACUAACAUAAUAAUUAUGUGGUAACUACCAGCUGGCAUACCUUAAAUAGCAGCUUUUGGAAACAUCACAAAAUAUUACAUACUUCACUUCA